AUGUUACGCAAUGAGUCCAUGAGCGAUGGGUCGACAGCGUGCCAAGCGGAGCACGCCGCAAUCACUACACUAGCAUUGCGAGGUCUAAGCAGGACGUACACAGUGGAGACGAUUUUACAAAUCCUGGAUUCAGCGACGGCAUUCCGGAAGACCUUUGACUUCCUUUACUUGCCGAAGCGAGGAGGGCAGCCACAUGCUGGACUGGCCAUCGUGAACUUCGUAGACGAAGAUUCUUGCAGGCAAUGCUUGGAGAGGCUAUUGAAGAUGCGCGAAGAAGGGCUGCUCAAAGGAAUCAAGAGCAUCGGGCAGUCCUACAUCCAAGGUUUCUCGCGGAAUUUAGCAUACUACGCGGUCCUUGCCACAGAUCGUCGUGCUACAGAUUCCCCAAUGAUUUUCGAGCGCGGCGAAUUGGUCGCAGAUCUCUUGCCAGUGAUGCAGCGAUGUGUGACUCCCCAAUUGCUGCAGUGGGCGAGACAGCAGGCAGAGGCACUCUAUGACACAAAGGCAGAUGGAGAUCUCCUACAGCUAAUGCAGCUGGGAGGUCGUGCGUGCAGCCCACAUGAGCUGGCGGGAGGGACUCGGACGCCGGACGCCGCUGUGCCGGCCCGGCGCGAGCGCCCGGCGCGAGCGGUCCCAAUCCCCCAACCGGACGGCCAACGGCUGGGCCCCAGAGGGCAGAGGACCGAGGUGCCACGCUCCCGGACGACGAAGCUCGAGGAGCUCGAGGAGCGAGGAAAGGCCUCGGUGGGGAGGCGCAAGCCUCGCACCAGUGCGUGCGAGCGGAGACGGCACGGCGCCGCUGGGGCGCGGCCCUCGGUCGAGCAGAACCCGCACUACGUGGCGCCCAACGAGUCCGCGCGCGCAGAGCGCGACGCCGAAGGUAAUGUGACACUGUAUGCCUGGGCGAGGAUGUUGCCCACGCCUCUCACCUGUGAAGGUGAGUCGUGCGUCUUGCAAAGGUCGCAUCGGGAGGCCCCGCCCUCGCUCUGGCCGACCGAAGUGGUUUUGCCCUUGCGGAGCCAGAUGCAGGUGCUCUCGGCCUGGUACGGCCACCCGUCGGACCCCGGGCGAAGGCUGGACGUCUCGGAGCGCGUCAAGGCGUUGCUGGAGGGGCACGAGCACCUGGGCUCCGGGCUGGGCAACCUGCUGCGGGAGUCUCUGCAUCGCGAUAGAAAACUUUGCCUUCCUGCGAGCACUCAGUUCUGGGGGCAGGACCCUGCGCCCUUCGUUUGGAAGAAGCUGGAAGUGAAGCUCCGCCCACCAGUGCGGUGA